AUGGCGAUGGGCGAUGGAGCAUGCACGGCAGAUGUUCUAUUUCACCGCGUCCAUGCGGAUGAUGGCCGGGAGGACGCAGUCAUGUUGAAGGUAGAUAGCCCGCGCCCUCUACUGCCGUCCAGCCAGCGGAAAUCCUGCACCGCGCUGCCCAAUCCAACAUGCCCACCUUUCAACAACUAUGCAGCACGUCUCCAAGUUAACGCUGCCAUUGGGCUUCGGCAUGCACUCGUGCACGGCAGCAGCCUUGCAGUCCACUCAGCUCCCAAUUGUUCAGGACCCGAGAGACGGGUAAAACAGACCAUUGGCACGGGUGAUGGCUAUUCUCUCUUGCACGCCGCCAGGUUCUCUGCUUCUCUGCUUGUGCUCUCCCUCGGAUCGCCCCCUUCUGGAUCAGCUGCUACCGCAGAUGACCCAGGAGCCAGGAGGCGCCUCUGCGUCCUAGAGGCUAUGGCAAUGGCAAGUACAGCGCUGAAGAAGCUCGCCACCGGACCGCCCGACGCCAGAAGCGAGGAGAUCACCCGCCUCUGCUCCACUGGCCGCGUCAAGGAGGCUCUCCACCGCCGCUUCCGCGAGUGCCUGUGGUCGGAGCCUGGCCUCUUCUCCCACAUCUUCCGGGCAUGCCGCGCCCUCCCGCUCCUCCGCCAGCUCCACGCCUUCGCCGACACGUCCGGCGCCGCCGCCGCCGCCGCCGACCGGUUCACGGCGAACUACCUCCUCCUCGCCUACGCCGACCUGGGUGACUUCCGCACCGCGCGCGCUCUGUUCGACAGAAUCCCUAAGCGGAACGUCUUGUCCUGGAACAUCCUCAUCGGGGUGUACGUCAAGAACGGUGACAUGGAAACCGCGCGGAAGCUGUUCGAAGAAAUGCGCGCGAGGAACGUCGCGACGUGGAAUGCCAUGGUCGCUGGGCUCACCAACUCGGGACUCAACGAGGAGAGCCUGGGGUUCUUCCUUGCCAUGCGGAGGGAGGGAAUGCAGCCUGAUGAGUUUGGCCUCGGGAGCUUGUUCCGGUGUUGUGCCGGGCUCAGGGACGUUAAGUCCGGGCGGCAGGUCCACGCGUACGUUGUGCGGUCUGGACUGGACAGGGACAUGUGCGUUGGGAGCUUGUUGGCACACAUGUAUAUGCGGUGUGGUUUUCUUCAAGAAGGGGAGGCUGCUCUCCGAGCAUUGCCUCUGCUUAGCAUUGUGUCAUGCAAUACCAUUAUCGCUGGAAGAACACAGAAUGGAGACUCAGAGGGAGCACUCGAGUAUUUCUGCAUGAUGAGAGGUGCUGGUGUGGAAGCAAAUGCAGUCACAUUCGUCAGCGCCGUUAGUUCUUGCUCGGACUUGGCAGCUCUUGCGCAAGGUCAGCAGGUUCAUGCACAGGCCAUCAAAGCUGGAGUUGACAAGGUUGUGCCAGUCAUGACAUCUCUUGUGCAUAUGUAUUCUCGAUGCGGGUGCUUAUGUGAUUCAGAAAGGGUUUGCCUUGGGUAUAGUGGUACAGAUCUUGUCCUUUGCAGUGCGAUGAUCUCAGCUUAUGGAUUCCAUGGGCAUGGACAGAAGGCAGUUAGUCUGUUCAAACAGAUGAUAGCUGGCGGUGCAGAACCCAGUGAGGUUACUUUCUUGACCUUGCUAUAUGCAUGCAGCCAUAGUGGUCUUAAAGAUGAAGGCAUGAGUUGUUUUGUGCUUAUGACUAAUACUUAUGGACUAAAACCAAGUGUUAAACACUACACUUGUAUUGUAGAUCUUCUUGGACGUUCAGGUUGCCUAAAUGAGGCGGAGGACCUUAUCCUGUCAAUGCCUGUGCAACCUGAUGGGGUCAUAUGGAAGACACUACUGUCUGCAUCUGCCAGCAGCAGAUGGGAGGAUGUCAGUAAGGUAAGAAAAACCAUGAGGGAACAGAACGUGAGGAAAGAGCCUGGAGUUAGCUGGGUGGAGCUGAAGGGUCAGAUUCACCAGUUCUGCACCGGAGAUAAAUCCCAUUCAAGGCAAAGGGAUAUUGAUGAAUGCUUGGAAGAAAUGAUGACCAAGAUCAGGCAAUGUGGGUAUGCACUGGACAUGAGCAUGGGUUUCCAUGACAUGGAGGAUGAGGAGAAACAAGUUAGUUUAGCUCACCAUAGUGAGAAGUUGGCUAUAGCAUUUGCUUUUCUGAGCUUACCUGAAGGAGUGCCUAUUCGGGUUAUGAAGAAUCUACGUGUAUGUGAUGAUUGCCAAGUGAAAAAAGAUAGUAUCUCCAAUAGUUUGCCAUUUGGGCUUGGCAAAAUUAAAAAAGUAGGCCCACUUGCAAACCAGAUCAACUAUUUUUCACCGUGA